AUGAUAAAGAUAGAACCGCAUGUACCGUCAGAGAAACGGCUAAAAUGAUAAAGAUAGAACCGCAUGUAAGUAGAACGAUCCCCAUCAAGCCGCUGAGCGCCGGUGACUUGUUGAAGUUAAAGGGAACAUUGAAAAUAGAAAAGAAAGAUAACACAUCAGAGAAAAAACUGUACUCGGUAAACACAGUAGGGUCGACGACAAUCAGAAAGACAGUAGGUUCCACUACGAUUAGAAAGAUCCGAACCAACGAAAAAUUAUGCUUUGCAGAAGGUGCUAAAUGCGUACCACCUCGCACUAGCAACUCAAUUCAAAUAUUACCAAAGUUGAAAAAAACCAUGCUCGUAGAAGAUAUUGUAAGGCUUGCUAGAAAACAGUCUUUAGAAGUAAAGAAUUCCUACAUUCCCAUAAAAUUAUUAUCAAAAGCAACGGAGAGGACAGGAUCAAAUUUCGCAGAAAAACUGAAGCAUCUACAAAAUUUAAGGGCGGUCCUAGAUUUUUCCAACAUAACACCGGUAAAAGUGUUGCCAGGCGACGAAUACGAGUGCUGUUUUUGUACCAGCAAAUAUGUCGAUCCUGCUGACUUAAAAGCACAUACUUUGGAAAGUCACAGGCAUAAUUAUAAGACCUUCAUGCACAAUGUUCCAUUAAGAGAAUAUAUAGUAAAGGUAGACAUAACAGGUCUGGAAUGUGGUAUUUGUUCUGAAACUUUCGAAGAAUUGGAGCUAUUUGUGGCACAUUUAGAAUCGCAUGGGAAGCAAAUCCAUACUGAUAUUAAAAAUUUGAUCAUACCGUUCAAAUUUGCUGACAGGAUGAUCCAUUGCGUGUACUGUUCGCAAACGUUUGUUCACUUCAAGGUGAUAAUGGAACAUGUACGAGAGCACUUCCGAUAUUUCACAUGCGAAGUUUGUAACGUAAACUUUAUAACCGAGAAACAGUACAAGGCCCACGCUAGUAGGCAUUCAGAUGGCGAAUACAAAUGCAGCAUUUGUGAAAAAACUUUUGAUUCGCGAGCCAAAAAGUUGACACAUGAACAUAUCGCGCACAAAACUGGGACCAAACGGAGCAAAUGUAAUUAUUGCGACGCAAGAUUUUGUUCUUACGGACAGAAGAUCACGCAUAUGAUGAAAGAACACGACUUCAGGCCUGUUGAACAGAAAUGCAACGCGUGUGAUAAAACCUUCCUGAAACGUAGGGAUUUAUGGAACCAUACUAAGAAAUUCCAUUUAAUGGAUCGACCCCACGAGUGCGACGUCUGCGGAAAGAAUUAUUUCAGCAAUUACGAAUUGAAGAAACAUAUGGUGACGCACACGGGAAUUCGCGCGUACCAAUGCGCCAUAUGUCUAAAGAGUUACGGUAGAAAGUUUACUUUGCGGGAACACAUGAGAAUCCAUGAGAACGAUAGACGGUUCAAGUGCGAGGCUUGUGGUCAGGCGUUUGUACAAAAAUGUAGUUGGAAGAGUCACAUGAAGAGCCGACACGGAGAGAUUGUCCAGUGAGAUAAAGCUAAUCGCAGUGAUUAAAAUCAUUUUAAAAUAUUUAUAGGGUUUCCCUAACAUCUAUUCUGUCCUCUCUCUCCCUCUCCUUGGCAUUUAUAAUUCCCAUCUGAUGGUGGGGUCUGCCUUCUUCGUACUUCUCUUCCACUUCGCUCUAUCAGGCGUGUCGCUCUCGGAGACAUUGCACAGGCACAGGUCAUUCUGUCCAUUUGUAAAAAAAAAAUAUCACGUUUAUUCUAAUCCUCUUGAAAAAGUUAUACUAAAAUUACAUAACUGGCCAGCUAGUAAUUGUGUAGCGAAUCCUAGAAUAUGCAGGAUAGCUUCAAUUGACCCUUUCGCAAAACGUCCCUUUUGCAAAGACGAAGAUGUUGCUUAAAAGUUUUGACUACUUGACGUCUUUAUCAUUUAUAACCUAAGGCUGAGAUUUCCAGACACAAAAGUGAAACGUUGUGGUUUGGAUUUUAAAAGGACAUUCGGUUCUACGACUUUAAGGAGUAAUUUUGCUAAAAUGGCCUCUUGUGGCUAGGGGACAUUUUGCGACAAAAGGAUAUUUCGAUUCUCUAAAUAGAGAGAUUAUAUGCCAGUUAUAUUUUAUUGUCCAUACUCCCGAUUCGUGAGCAGUGGUAGUCCAGUUGCUAGAACGCUAGCCUCGCUCUUUGAGGUCGCAGGUUCGAAUCACAGGCCUAAACCAUUGAUUGUCGAAUUUGUUUGCGAGUUCAUAUUUGGAUCAUAAAUGAUUAUCACGUGCUCAGCGGUGGAGGAAAACAUCGCGAGGAAACCCACAUUCCCGAGAAAUGCAUUUUCGAAGGUAUGUGACCUAACCUGUAUUGGGCUGGUUUUGCCUUCGCGGGUUGGAAGGUCAGGUUGUAAAAAAGCGGACCUGUCAAAUCUUGUGAACAACGGGAUAAUGCUAGGGACAUGAUGAUGAUAUUUUAUUGUACAUAUUGUCGAUCUUAUAGUGUUAUGUAUAAUUAGUUCUCUUUUUAGAAAUGUGAUUUCUUAAUUGUUCACGUUUGUUUGUAGUUAAAUUUGAGUCUAGACGUUCUCGGUGCUUCCACCUAUUUCUACCAAAGUAUUUCUCCCAGGGCAAAUAGAUUUCCAUUCGUAUCUACUACAUUAUCAGAACAUCCUAUUUAGUUAUGUACCAUCAUAUCGACAAUCAACUGCAAUACUACAUUGACAUUAUAAAGCAUGUUGUAUUAGAGCAAUAGAAAUGAAUGGAAAUCUAUUUCCCCUGGGAGAAAUACUUUGGUAGAAAUAGGUGGAAGCACCGGACGUUCUACAUCUUUGUGUAUCUCGAAUUGAUUGGCGUGAGAUUGUUCUCGUUAGAUAUUUAUAUAUGUAUUAGUUAAAUUGUAAAACUCAUAAAUAAAAGUUAUUAUGUGAAA